AUGGGUGGUCCACGUGCCAUGUAUUGCGAAGAGGAAGACGAAGAGACUGGCAGAGUUUUGCAAAGUACCAGACGAAGCGCAAGCGUUAAGCCUCCCUCCAAGGAGAAGGCCAAGACUAAGGAGCGUCCCAAGAUUACUACUCGCGAUCGCACAUCAAGCAAAGCUUCGAAGCCAAACAGCGACUCGGGAUACUCGACAGGAGCAAUUCCUACAGGUUCCGAAAUAUCCUCGCCCGAUGCGAUACAAGAUGUCGAAUUCACCAAGGAAAGCAAAAAAUCACGAAGGCCAUCUGUGAGCCAAAAGCGACCUUCCAUUUCAGCUGAGUCACGACCACCACAAACACUUAAGAACAAGGAGCAUCGAAGAUCUCUCAGCGUCAAGACAGAGAUGAAGCCAGAACAUUAUGGAGUUUCAACACCAGCUUCUUCCCGACAUCCUCACCCUCCUGUCAUUAAUCAACCACAUACCACGCCUAUCCCCAUGAGACCUCGUGCAUCAACCCAUGCUCCAACAUACGCUGGCGCACGACCUUCAAGUUACCACGCUGCUUCCGCGUCAGCAUCUGCUGCUUAUCCUCCACUGUCCAGCUCUGCGUACUUCCAACCUGCGCAUCUGUCGCCGCAUCACUCGGCGCAAUUUCAAGCCCCACCCCCUUCACCAGCAUUCAAUGAUUAUGCUGUCGUCCAUCCUCCUCAAACCCCUACCCACUUUCAACCACUGGAAGCUCAACCUUCAUCGCGCUCUCUUUCCGCCCGAUUUGAACCUCAACAAAAAGUUUCUAGAUAUGGCAUUCGGGACGAACCAGCUCAAACACCAAGAAUGAUCACAGGUGGCUAUGAGCGAGAGUAUCAGCACAGCGAAGACGAAUACGAUAGCUACGAAUCUUCUGUUGAAGAACCAAUCAGGAGAACUAUUACUAGCAGCAUACGAGUGCCGUCAACCAUUCCUUCAAGGACAAACAGCUCCGCCGUCUCAGAGAGUAACUUCAGCAAGGCCAACAGCACAUACAGUCGCGAAAGCAAUUACAGUGAAGUGGAAAGCGGGUACAAUAAGAGCAAGAGCAAGAGCAAGAGCAAGAGCAAGAGCAGCAAGAGCAAGAGCAGAACCAGGAGAGACUCUCAGGCCAUGCCGCCACCACCUCUACCUUUACCCAAACCUAUCCUACGGCGACCAACAGUCGAUCUGCCAGUAUACGACGAUAACGCUUCCCAAUACAGCGUCGAAGAAUACCAUGAAGAACCCCCUCGUCCAACUUCACGCCAUCGUCGACCAAGUGCUCAUCGCAACUCGGUUUCAUAUGAUGUGAGCGAACUACCUAGAGAAGCAGAGCGAUUCAGAAUUGAAACAGCUAGCAAAGAUAUGCGCAGUCAAAGCUACUAUGGACAAUCUGCUUCAUCUACACAAGCAUCUACAUCAGGAUCAAGUGGCUAUGACGCAAAGCUUUCUGCGGCAGCUGAUUAUCUCGAGGAGGUUAGUGGUCCAACUAUACCACUAACUGCCGAGGCUUUGAGAAAAGAACAACGAAGACAGGCUGGAGGUAGCAGCAGAAGUACAAAGAGCAGUGGAAGUCGUGACUUGAGUGAUUACCGAGGCACACAAACUACUCGUACGACUCGAAGUAGUGGUGACGACAACGUAACCAUUGAGGUCACUGGACAGGCUAAGGUCACAGUUGGUGGAGCUGAGAUUCAAUGCGAAGGAGGAAAAAUUCAAAUUCACCGCACCGAAAAGAUUCGCGACGGAAGUCAACCUACCGCAUCAGAAUAUGGACACCGACACGGACCCGGACCUGGACCUAAAUUACUUGAUGAUCGUGAUCGCCGAAGCCGACAUGACCGAAGCGAUAGUCAAUCGACCCGAUCUCGCAUGAGGUCACAACAUUCUUUCACCCGAGUCUCAUCUCGACCUCAAGAGCGGGACCGAGCACCUCGUGAACGCCGCGAGGAUUAUGAAGCUCGUACUGCCAAUUGGGAGACAUCAACUAAUUCAACUUGGCUUUAA